AUGGCGCUCGCGUCGAGUAGCGGGGGUGGUGGUGGAUGGCACGACGUAGGGAGCGAGGGGUCAGAAGGAGUAUCUUCGACCCCACCAGCAGCCGAUGCUGCACCUGCUGGUGCUGCUCUUGCGGGGACAGCAGCGCCGGUUGGGAGGGAAACUGGAACCCAAAGGAAUCCGGUGCUUGUCGCUCUGGAGCAGGUGCUGGGGGAGAUGGAAACACGCAACCGGGCGCUCUUUCAGCAGCAAUUGGUGGCCGCUGGGUCGCAGACGGCUGUUUCACCGCCCGCUGAACCCGAGUCGACCAGCAGCGGUGCUACUAGUAGCGCGGAGUCCAAGACGUGCCAAUGGUUCGACCAAACGCCGCUCCGACCGAGCGCUUCGACGGGAGAAGGCGUUCGUGUUGAGUCAAUUGCGCCGACUUCUUUGGUAGAGCUGAUUCAUGGAGGGUGGCUGAGCGCUGACCGUGCGCGACUCGGAGGUGGGGGGGCGGGGACUACGGGGUCGACUGAUUUCGGAACAGGACAGGCGUGUGUCUCCGAGCUUUUGGGGAAGUUUCUCGGUCUCGUCGUCGACGACGGCGGCGGCGGGGCCACUUCUCCGGGCGGUGUUGGCGGGCGAAGGAGCGGCGGCACCCACAGCAGUAGCUUCUGCGGCUUGGCCCAGGCGUUUCGCGGGACACUCUGCGCCCGUACUCUGUGCGUGGAGUGCGAGCGGGACAGAACCGCCCGCGAGGACUUCACCGAGCUAACCUUGCCGCCCCUCCUACCGCCGCAGCACGCCCCACCUCUCACGGCGCAAAGAGCUAUCCCGGCGGCCGAGAACGACGGCGGGCCUUCGCUCCGGGGGCGGCACCGGACAAUACAGACUCUCAUCGACGGGGUGUUCGAGAGAGAGUCCCUGGCGGGUAAUAACAAGGUCUGGUGCGAGGCGUGCCGUCAGUGGACGGAAGCAGAACGCCGGUCUUCGGUCCACUCGCCACCCGGCCUGCUGGCCUUGCACGUUCGCCCGGGGACGCGGAAACGCUCGUCGCCGUGCCUGUACCCAAAGGCGCUCGCCCGUGCCUCCGGCGGGGCCCCCGAUAGCGUGGUGGGUGAUGUGCGUCGUGGAGCGGACGGGCGACUGCCCGCGGGCAGCAGGGAGGAGGCAAUCGAGCGUACGCUGGUCGUGAGAAAGGCCGCGAGGUGUCAGUUCCACGGAGGCGGCGUUAACAGCAGCAGUAGCGGCAGCAGCAGCAGCAGCAGCAGCAGUGUCGACUCGUGCACCGGUCAGCUUUGCGAUUCUGGGGACAUUUUCUACGACCUGAUCGGCGCCAUCCUCCACCAGGGACAGACCCUUGCUUCCGGCCAUUAUACCUUCGCGAUUAAUGCCGCUGCUGGGGACUGGGCGUCGUUCCUGGCGCAGCAGCAGCAGCAGCAGCAGCAGCAAGCGGACAGGGACAAUCGGGCGUUGGUGCAGCAAGGGCCGCCGGGGGCAACCGCAGCUGGUUCGACGUAUGGAAAGCCGGAUUUCGCGCUUUUCGACGAUGCCACGGUGAGGUGGUUGUCUCUUGAAGAGGAGCGCGCUGUCUUGAGGGGCGACGGCGGGGGUUUUGGCGAUCCGUUCUUGGUGUUUUACGCUCGGCGGCCAUGACAUCGUGUUUGUCGUCGGUUCGGAAAACGGAUGGUUGGCGGAGUGUGAUGGUUGUGAUGGUGAGCGUGUACUUAGCGGCAAGGAAAUUUUAUCGUUAGUCUGGUGCAGCAAUAAUAAUCGUACUGUGUGUGUGUCCCAGAAGACAGCCGUAAUGUGCCGUAAAACUUCUCGCCGGAAAGAAAGCUUCGCGGAGAGAGUCUUGACCGCGUACACCACCUCAUGUCGCAUGUUGAACAUGCGCGGUUUGCGUUUUAGUUUUUUUUCGCCUUGAUUGUUCUGCUCCGGUCCAUGUUCUUUUGGCCUUGAGCUGUAGUGUAUCCGGGUGGCGCCGGGUGUUCUCCCCAUUUUCUCCCCGGUGUUGUGUUGGUUAAUGUGCAACACAGGUAUUGCAAGCUUUUAGAAUGAUGCGGCCAGACGAAGAGAUCCACAAGCUUCGCUACUCAACCAGGAGUAGCCGGCAAUCACGGACGCGGGAGAUUGUCGCGCACCGGUAGACAGUAGAACAUGGAGGUAUUGGACGCAGAAAACGCCGCACCCCCGUUUCAAUGAAAGUCGCACUUGGCGCAGAUAGUUCGAGGCAUGAAGUAACCCGUAUAUGGGGGAACGGAUACGUAACCCUCUAGCAGGUAGGGCCUGUCUGUGCGUUUUUUGUUCCACGAGAUAUUGGUGGUAAGACUUGCCCUAGUAGGGUGGCGGCGAUGGACACGACUAAGACUUGCCCAGAAGAGAGUGGCGGCGAUG